AUGUCCUCAUCUAUGUGUCACGAGAACCGACUUGAUCAGGACUUGACAUAUCAUUUAAGUUUGCUGAAAUUUGACAAAUCAAAUGAUGAAUGCGAAGAAGCUCUCCUCGCUCCCAUGUUGACAAGCGUAGUGCUCAAUCAACCUGCACUGGCUCCAUUGCAAUAUGGGCUUCUGGGGGGUGUGAAGGAAAUUGAGACACCUUAUCAGGUUGGCACAGAGAUCCAAGAACUGAAAGACGAUCCCCGGUUGUUUUUCAAUGUCUCAUCUCCAUCUAGUGUGUUUAUCUGCGGAUCUCAGGGUUCUGGAAAGAGUCACACACUUUCCUGUCUUCUUGAAGGAUGUUUGAUCUCCUCCAGAGCUGGGAGGCUUUUAAAUCCACUCACAGCGGUUGUUUUUCAUUAUGACACAUUUAUCUGUGAUAAUGGUGGCUCACCCUGCGAAGCUGCUUUCCUGGCGUCUAAUCCAAACAUCAAGGUCAGAGUCCUCUGUGCUCCGACCAAUCUCCGGACCAUACAGGGAACCUACUCAAGAUUCAACAUCAAGGUAGAGCCUUUACAGAUAGAUCAGUCCGACUUAAACACUAAACGUAUGCUGGAUCUUAUGGCAGUCGAUCGAGAUAAUGGUGCAGUUCCAUUAUACUUGCAUACGGUACAGCGAAUCUUGCGAGAAAUGAGGCUAUUACAGCAAAGCGCAGGGUCUCAGUUUAACUAUCAAGAUUUCAAGAGCCGAAUUCUUUCUUCAGGACUUCUGCCGGGUCAGCUUGAGCCUUUGAAACAAAGGCUAGAUACACUGGAGAGCUUCAUGGCACCCCAACAAGCAGGCGCAAGUUACCAGAUGAAAGGGAAGUCCGCGAAGAAGAACGCAGGCUCCAGCUGGACCCCAAAGUCAUCUCAAAGUCUCACUAUAAAUCAGGCCUCACAAUUGACGAUCGUUGACCUUUCCUGUCCGUGCAUCUCACCCGACACGGCAUGCAGCCUCUUCAACGUCUGUUUUGGGAUUUUUAUGGAACAGGAAACCAAGAUUGGUAGGAUUGUAGCACUUGAUGAGGCUCAUAAGGUGCGACUUACAACUGAGAUCGUAGUUAUGUUGACAUUAACUGGCUUUCAGUACAUGAAGGAUUCUGUCGAGGCGCAAGGGUUCACAGAUACUCUGCUCUCAACGGUUCGAUUACAACGUCACCUCGGUGCCCGAAUUUUGGUCUCGACGCAAGAGCCAACGAUUUCCAGUGACCUACUCAGUCUGUGCUCCGUCGCCAUUGUUCAUCGAUUCUCAUCGCCGGCAUGGGCACACGCACUGCAAGCUCAUGUGGCUGCGGCAGCCUUGAGUUUGCAGUCAACAAAGGAGAACCAAGCACAUCAUGAUCAGGAGCCGCUUGGGAUUCCCACAAAGCAUUCCAUCUUCCAUCGAAUUGUACAUCUUCAAGUGGGUGAGGCCUUGCUCUUCUCACCUAGUGCGGUGAUCAGUGUUGCAGCUAAGCGAGACAGAUCGCUUGACGUAAUCAGGCUCGGUUCGGGCUAUAUGACAAUCAAAAUUAGGGACAGGCUUACAGAGGAUGGUGGGAAAAGCGUUAUUUCCUCUUAA